AUGAAGAUUUUAGCUUGGAAUUGUAGGGGGGCGGCCAAGCCUUCAUUCUUGUCGUCCUUCAGGAGAUUUGUGCAGCUUCAUUGCCCCGAUAUUUGUUUUCUUUGUGAAACACGGAUAUCUGGAGAAGGUUUGCGUCGAGUGCAGCGGCGCUUAGCUUUUGAUUGGGAUUCCUUUGUAGUAGAAUCCCAGGGCUUGUCUGGAAGUAUUCUGUUGUUGUGGAAGCGGGGAGUGGCCUCUGUAGAUGUCUUUCGCAAUUGCACUCAGCAGGUUGUGAUGGUAAUCUCGGAACCAAAUGAAGCUCCGUGGGUCCUUUGUGGGGUCUAUGCCAGUACUGAUUACCGGACGAGGAGAGUCCUUUGGGACGAGCUGACCCGUUUGUUGACUCAGGGGAUCCCGACUAUGGUGGUGGGUGACUUUAAUUGCAUUCUUAGCUCCAAUGAGAAACGUGGUGGUAGGGCCUACUCUGACUCUGGAGAUAGGAGGGAGUUCCGGGAGUUCUUGGAUGAGACCGGCCUCGUGGACCUUGGCUUCUCUGGGCCGCGAUUUACUUAG